AUGAACGUGAGCAAAACCAUGAACUUCCUGAAUCGGCACAACACUCGGGCCACUCAGACUCUGGUGAACGCGGUUGACGACUCCGGUGCGCAGCCUGGGGCUUACGUCUUUAUAGAUGACGGUGACGACGACCAGGAGGAGAAGGACGACGAUGACCCGGGCGCGAAAGAGGGAUCCAAGGACGCGCCUCUCGACUUCACCCAAGAAUCGUCUGCUCCGUCAACUCCAACGUGA